AUGUCUAAUCAAACAAGAAUUGACUAUCGGAUUCGAUUAGGUGCAACAAUUGAUUGUGCUCGAUUUUUGUUACAACAAGGUCUUCCAUUUCGUGGACAUGAUGAAACUGAAGAUUCAAAAAAUCAAGGUAACUUUCUUGAACUCCUACAAUGGUUAUGCAACCAUAAUAAAGAUAUUGAAGCCGUUUCUUUGAAAAAUGCUCCAGAAAACUUGAAAUUGACUGCACCAGACAUCCAAAAAAAUAUUGUGAAUUGUAUUGCAGUAGAAAUUAUCAAUUCAAUCAUACAAGAUAUUGGUGAUAAGUUGUUUUCAAUUUUGAUUGAUGAGUUGAAGGAUAUAUCUUCAAAGGAGCAAAUGUCAAUUGUGUUAAGAUAUGUAGACAAAGGGUGUGUGAUUGAGCGAUUUGUCGGUAUUGUACAUGUUACCGAUACAAGUUCUUUAUCACUUAAAGAAGCUAUUGAUGGAUUCUUUUCUAUACAUGGAUUAAGUAUGACAAGUUUGCAUGGACAAGGUUAUGAUGGAGCAAGCAAUAUGCAAGGAGAAUUUAAUGGAUUGAAAACAUUAAUUUUGAGAGAAAAUGAAUGUGCAUUUUAA